AUGGGCGUCGCUUCAUGGAUGGGCUCGAACAUUUUCUUCUUUUUUGUAACCAUGUACUGUCUGUCGUUGCAAUCGAAACGGAGACAUGAAUAAGUAAAUUUUGCAAUGCAGUUGUAAAGCAGUUAUCACUGCACGUCGGCGUGUUUAAGGCAAGGAUGAAGGAUCUCCAAGGCGUUGACAGCUUGCUCUUGAAAGAGCUGAAGUCAUGUUGUGCAAAAGAGUACAACUUUCUUCCCAAGGAGACUGGCCUGAGGGUGAUGGAGUCGACUUCAACAGAGAGUCACAGCACAGUGUCUGCAAAAUGCAGAGACAGCAGAGUGGAAGAGCUGUGGGGCCUGACCAGUUUCUUUGGCUACAGCACUCAAACGUUUGUCCAAGCUGUUAAUUUGCUUGAUAGAUUUCUCACUGUUAUGAAGGUGCAGCCCAAACAUGUGCCCUGCAUUGGAGUCUGCUGUCUUCACAUCGCUGCCAAAAUGGUUGAGGAAGAGAGUAAUGUCUCACCCUCUCAUGAACUCAUUCGCAUCAGCCAAAGCAAGUUCACUGUGUCAGACUUGUCCCGUAUGGAGAAGAUCAUUUCUGAGAAACUCUCUGUGGAGCCCAAGGCAGUGACAGCCCUAACCUUUCUACACCUCUACUACUCAGCCAUCACCUCCAUGUCUGCUGGAAGGGAGGAGAUCCCAAGCAUUGGGAGACUGGAAGCCCAGCUAAAAGCCUGCUUAUGCCGGCUUGUUUUCUCUAAAGCAAAACCGUCGGUGUUGGCGCUGUCCCUCAUUGCUCAAGAGUUUGAAACCCUCCAGUCAGCCACAUUGUUGAAGACUAUUCAGCAAUUCAAAAGGCAUCUAAAGAUCGGUGACAGUGAGCUGCUCUACUGGAGUGAACUCGUGGCCAAGUGUAUGACCGAGUACUUCUCAAGUCAAUGCAACAAACCUGACAACAAAAAGCUUGUUUGGAUCUUGUCCAGGAGAACAGCACAGAGUCUUCAGAACAGUCACUUCAGCGUACCUGGUCUGCCAACUAUACCUGAGAUGAGCUGGGAUGAAAGUGAAAGCGAGGACUCCUUUGAGGACUUGAGCUGCGGAGAAGACAGUCUGUGUGGCUCGUUAGGAAGCGAUGGGGAAGGAGCCUACUUUCCGUCCACGUUUCUUGACCAUGGACAGUAAAGACUCUUGGUUGUGUACUAUUAAGAUUUUUUUUUACCUCUGAAAAGUAACUGAUUUUAAGGUGUUAGACGUGUGUGCGUGUCUCUCUCUCUCUCUCUCUCUCUC